ACACGGCUAUAUAUAGUCUAAUUAGGUGAAUGUACAUUAAAUAGCUAAUAAGCCCAGCCCAGUGGUGGCAGUGAGCACGGUCUGUACGGAGCAUUUCCUUAUUUCUGCUCAAACAGCUGAUUUGCCUGACAUAAUUGGUCGGUUUAGAGGACGGGAGUCGCAGUGAGCGAGUGACGGGAGUGUAUAUUGCUGCGUGUAGUACAGCUGGCUGCCCGGCAGGAGUUGCAAUGGAACAGCUGGAGGGGCUUGGGCGGGUGCCUCUAACCCCCACUACUCUCGCCUGCUCUUUCCAUUCAGAUCUACUUCCGUGUCCUGAAACGGCACCUCGGCUACACGAGUGAAUACAAUUCAAGUGCUAUAAUAUGGUGUGGGAAGUCAAGGCAAAAGAUAUGCCCAACGCUGUGCAAAAGGUCCAGUUGGUUAUGGAUAACAGGCUUACAGGAAUGAACGAAUCUUUGGAAAUGUUGAAAUGCAAUGAGCAUAUUCCGUCCUCUCCUGGAUAUGAAUCGUCUGAUGAUCAUAUGGAGCUUGAUGAUAUUCCAGAAUUGCGAACUGUGCCGACUGAUUCCACAUCACCUGAGGUUUUCCACCUUGACUCAGGUAUUUCACACCAAGAAUACACAGUGCCUUCAUGGAGCCAAAAUACCUCAGACAUUUCUAAAAAUGAAUAUUCGUGUGAUACUGGCAUGAAUUGGCUGACUGAGCUGGCAAAUAUAGCCACGAGCCCUCAGAGUCCUUUGAUGCAAUGUUCAUUCUAUAACAGAUCAUCGCCUGUUCAUAUAAUAGCUACCAGUAAAAGUUUACAUUCCUAUGCCCGCCCCCCACCGGUCUCCACAGAGAGUAAAUCAAGCGUCUCCAAAAGUCAUUGGCGAGAAGAAACAGCAGUCAGGCACGAACGAACCAACAGUGAAUCGGAAUCUGGCAUUUUCUGUAUGUCUUCAUUUUCUGAUGAUGAUGAUUUAGGAUGGUGCCAUUCUUGGCCACAGACUGUUUGGCAUUGUUUUCUGAAAGGAACCCGUUUAUGCUUCCAUAAAGGGCGCAAAAAACAGUGGCAGGAUGUUGAAGAUUUUGCCAAAAGUACAAGAUGGAGAAAUGAGAGGGGCAUUGACUCAUACAAGGAUUAUGGUUCCGAUGGUCUUAAGUUGGUCUCUUACGAGGAGUGUGUAUCGUAUGGAGAAUCCGUUGUGCAGCUUACUUUUGAUCCUGGUACAACAGAUGUAGGCUUGCUGACAGUGGAGUGCAAACUGGACCACCCGUAUUAUGUGAAAAAUAAAGGUUGGUCAUCUUUCUACCCAAGUCUAACUGUGGUUCAGCACGGUAUUCCCUGUUGUGAAAUUCAUGUUGGAGAUGUAUGUCUACCUCCUGGUCACCCAGAUGCCAUAAACUUUGAUGAUUCUGGUGUUUUUGAUACAUUUAAAAGCUAUGACUUUACCCCAAUGGAUUCUUCUGCUGUGUACGUGUUAAGUAGUAUGGCACGUCAGCGCCGCGCUUCAUCCAGUGGAAGAGCAAGCAGUCCAGAUACAGAGAGAUCUGAGUAUUGCAAGGAUUAUGUAUCUCCCAGAUCUUCACAGACCUCCUACAGCUCAUUAUGUAAUAAGACUGGCAGGAAUCACACCUCAGGGACUGCAAACUCUGUGACUGUCACAUCACCCAACAAGUGCAAAAGACCAAUGAAUGCUUUCAUGCUUUUUGCCAAAAAGUACAGAGUUGAAUAUACUCAGAUGUAUCCAGGAAAAGAUAACCGAGCCAUAAGUGUGAUACUUGGUGACCGGUGGAAAAAGAUGAAGAAUGAGGAAAGGAGGAUAUACACUAUAGAAGCCAAAGCUCUGGCUGAAGAACAAAAACGUUUAAAUCCCGACUGUUGGAAGAGGAAAAGAACAAAUUCAGUAUGUUCCUAUAAACAUUAAACCCCUCAACACUACUGAACUGAGACUGUCCUCACUAUUCACUUGUUAGUCCCAUCAUGUGUCAGUGGAGAGACAAGUUAAAAACUAUUUUCUAUUAAGGAAGAUUAGAGGUAAACUAGAGAGACAUGGCUUGCCAUGGCACAUCAGGAUCCAUUUAAAUUUCAAAUAGGUGUGAUGAGCUAUUUAACUAGAGGGAUAGCAUUUGAGUCAGCAUUUGUAACUUAUUAGCAAAAUCACAAAACCAAAGGACAUUGAUUGAAUGUACAUGAACAUAUGUUCCCCUUUAACUCAGAACAUACUGCUAUGACUCCACUGAUAUCUAAAUGAGUGUUCACUAACUGGAUGUUGUGGCUCACUAGAAUGCCUCUGAUGAUUUAGGAGAGCCAGAUUCUUCUUGGUGAUAUCUGAAUAUCUUUGACCAUGAACUUUCAUCUACUUAGACUCUCAUUUGUAAGCUGUGAGUAUAUAGGCAAUGACACACGGGAUGUUUUGUCGUCGGCAAUUAAUGGUCCCUACUUUUCUUCCUAUAGACAUUUCACAUUAAUGCCAGCGGGGAGGAAACUAGGGAUGUUUUGUUACUUGUUGUGGAGCAAAUUUACCACUGACAAUACGGUCCAUGUUCCAUUGUCCUACACUGCAUUUGUUUACUUACUUGGGGCUUCAAAUGUGCAUCUAUUGCAAUGCAUAUAUUGCAUUUCUGUUUGUGUGCAUUGCUGGAAUUUCAAUUGCCGUUUA